AUGGAGCCUCUAUAUUUGCCAGAUCUCGAGGAAAGGACGUUAGCCAGAUUCGAUGAACUCGCAAGAAAGGAAAAGAUAUUCUACGAGGAGGCCAUAUCCGAGCUGAUUACGGUCAAUGGCUUUGAUUUUCAGUUCAUCAUCGCCGGCAUACUCAAGAAGAAACCAAUCCUUCCUGCCAAUGCGCCCAGCAGAUCAAAAGCUGGUGGCCCAUUUAUCAAUCCGGAUCCCGAGGAAGUGGUAACCGAGUUGGGGUCCACUCAUCGUUUGCUAGUCAACAAGUAUGGCAUUUUUCGACCAAUGACUGUCAUACCGACUAUACACUAUGCUCUUCAGACUGAUGAUCUUGAUCUCACGGAUCUCAAUGCUGCAUGGUCUGUCUUGAAGGCGUUUCAGACGCCGUCUUUGAUCAUCUACAAUUGUGGUAUCAAUGCCGGAUCGUCGCAGGGUCACAAGCAUACUCAGGUCUUUCCUUUGCCCGGACAUACGCUGUGGCCCUCUAAAGCUACCUCUUGUGAUUCUAUCUCUACCAAUAUCGAACAUGUGCCAUUCAAACACCAUGUUCUCCGUCUUCCGAGCCAUGCCGAUGCAAACACUGCCUACGAAGUCUACCUUCGCCUCCUCAAGGCAUCGCGCGAAGUGCUAGCAAAGUCAGGUGAAGGUAGUAGAGACUACAAUGUAGCCAUGACCGCAGACUGGAUCGCCGUCUUCCCUCGUCGAACCAGCGAGGGUCCGUAUGGAGCAAAUGCUGCUGGUAUGCUGGGGAUCGUAUAUCUACCUGACCAAGAAGAGCGAGAUAAAUGGUCUCAGCUGGGCUACACGAAACAACUUGUAGCCUUUGGUAUACCUAUUGAUGCUUGA